CGUCUCCUUCGUAACAUAACACACACUCCCAUUAAACCCUCACGUUUGACUCUUAAACCUUUGACUAAAUUUUCCAAACCAUGUUGAAGAAAUUGUUUCUUUCCCAGAAUGUUGCUUUAGGCAUCAUCACCACAAAAUCAACAACCCCAAAAUUCAAUAACUCUCUUCUGCACCAAUACUUCUCGUUCCCAAUUUCACUCACAAGAUUCUGCACCACAACAACACACCCAUUCGCUGUAUCAUACCUUAUCAACAAUUUCGGUUUCUCACCUCUAUCUGCUCUCAAGGCUUUCAACAACAAUCAGGUUCUUUUCAAAUCCGCAGAAAAUCCUAAUUCAGUUAUCAAUUUCUUCAAAAAUCGUGAUUUUUCACACUCUGAUAUACGAAUCAUCAUUAGAAAAGCACCAUGGUUACUUUCAUUACAACCCCACAAUAUAAUUUUGCCCAAGUUUGAAUUUUUUCUAUCCAAAGGUGCUACUUCAUCUGAUAUUGUUUCAUUCAUAACAGAAAACCCUCGAAUUUUGCGAAGUAGCUUGGAGAAACGAAUUAUCCCUCUUUUUCAAUUGUUAAGUAGCUUCUUGAAAACCAACAAGGAUGUCAUUCUUUGCUUACUUCGACAUUCGACUUAUGUUACUUUUAAUUCCUAUCACCUUGUUGCCGCUAAUAUCAAUUUGAUGACUGAUUUUGGAGUUUCUGAUUCUGUCAUUGCUAGCUUGCUUCAAAAAAGGCCAUCUAUAUUUGGUUCGACUGAUUUGAUUAAGUCAUUGGAGGAAGUUAAGUGUUUAGGGUUUGAUCCUUCAACGGCUACUUUUGGGGCUGCUUUGUUCGCCAAGAAAUGUAUGAGUAAAACACGAUGGGAUGAGAAAGUCGCCGUCUUUAAGAAAUGGGGUUGGUCUGAUGAAACUUUUUUUCAAGCAUUUAGGUUGCAUCCUAGUUUGAUGUUGACUUCAAUUGAAAAGAUUAAUUUUGUGAUGCAUUUUUGGGUCAACCAAUUGGGUUGGGAUUCCUUGGAACUUACUAAAUGUCCACAUAUGUUUGGUUAUAGUUUACAUCAAAGGAUCAUUCCAAGGGCCUCAGUUUUGCAAUUUCUUUUGAUGAAAGGUUUGCAAGAUAAGAAUGAAAGCUUAGUUACACCAUUUACUUAUUCCGAGAAAUUCUUCUUGAGCAAGUUUGUCUUCAAGGAGGAGUGUGAUUAUCUAUUAAAGCUAUAUGUGGAAAAAAUGAAACCUGCAUACACAAAGGAGAACAAUGGCAUGCCAUUCACUAAUUAGGGUAUGUUUUUGGUAAUGUCUUGUGAAAAUGGAAGGGAUGUAUUUCUUGGAAAGCUUUUUCAGGUUUCAGCAUGCCCUUAUCUGAUGUUUCAUUGAGGAUCAAUGAGUCAGUAAUUCCUUUGUCAGCCGUCAAGGCAAAUUCGACCAAAUCUAACUCAACUUAUACUGAAGAAUUUUGAUUUAUUUGAUAAUAGAUUUGGUCAAACCCAACCUAACGUUAACCUGAACUCUCUUAGAGUAUGGGGUGGAACAAUAUAUGGUGAUUGGUGAAUUUUAUUGGUUGACUACAUAGCUGUGAUGUAGCGACAUGUUUUAUGAGUGACAAGAAGGGGUAACAAGAUAGUAUAAUGUUAUUCUUGGAAAAAGUAAAGUUUGAGCAAGAGUGUCAUCAGCAAUCAUGGCUGGCACAGAUGAAAUGGGAUGUAAAGAUACAAAAGAUUUAAAAUUAGACAAGAUGUAUGUGAUUGGGAGGCUCCAAAGUCAAUGAUCCAUAUAGGUGAGGGUGUAGCUGAUGAGUUAGAAGAAGACAAGCCUUUAUUGGAGGCUGCACACAUGACAUGUAUAUUGUGUUCGGUUUCACGUUCACGACGAUGUACAUGCGUCUAGAGCCAUCUGGGAAAUCAUAGCUUUUGGUGGACGUGCGUCUAUAGUCGUUUCUGCCUUGGAAACAAACAUACCAGUAGUUGUGUGGCAAGAAAGUUUUGAGAAUGGGCUUGAAAAAAAGCUCAAGACUGAGUGAAGCUACAUAUUGUUAGGAGUUGGUAAAGAUAUGUUUGAUGAUUCAAGACAAUUUGAAAAUAAGUUCAAGACAAAGCAAGAGCAUUAGUUAAAACAUUUUAGUUCAAAGGGAGAUAAAAACACCAAUUUUUUGGGUCAAUAACAAGAGUAGACGCAAAUGUAACGUGUAAAAAGUUUAUUUGAUGGUGCAUAUAUGUAUUUGAGUUUCAAAUAUUGGUUUCUACACAGUUUAGAAAGGUUGCUUCUUUCAAAAAAAAAAAAAAAAAGGUUGCUGUAUUUAAAUUAAGUAUAAACUGGCCACCCGAUUGAAUAUUUUCAAUUUGAUGUGAUGAAUUUCCAUA